UCUGCAGCGCGCAAAGCCCAGAGCGUUGGGCAACUGCGGUUUCCUCUGAGCCCCAGAGCUCAGGCGCCGGGGCCCCAUCUGCUGGGGCAUGGAGGACACGGCUGUGCGGCCCUCGGUGUUUGUGGUGGAAGGACAGACGGACAUCCCGUUCAGGAGGCUGGGGCCCAGCCGCAAGCAAAGGUGCUGCAGCCCUGCCCGGGUGGGCCUCGGGCUCCUGCUGCUGCUCCUGGGGGCUGCACUGGCUGCCCAGGGCUGGUUCUUGCUGCAGCUGUACUGGCGUCUGGAGGAGAUGGUGGCCCGCCUGCCGGACCAAGAUGCAGGGUCCUGGGAGAAGUCCGUACAAGAGCGGAGAUCCCACCAGACCAACCCAGCAGCGCACCUUACAGGAGCCAACUCCAGCUUGACGGGCAGUGGCGGCCCCCUGCUGUGGGAGUCCCAGCUGGGCCUGGCCUUCCUGAGGGGCCUCAGCUACCGCAAUGGGGCCCUGGUGACCACCAAGGCCGGCUACUAUUACAUCUACUCGAAAGUGCAGCUGGGUGGUGUGGGCUGUCCCCAGGGGCUGGCCAGCGGCCUCCCGGUCACCCACGGGCUCUACAAGCGCACGCCCCGCUACCCCGAGGAGCUGGAGCUGCUGGUCAGCCGGCGGUCACCCUGUGGACGGGCAAACAGCUCCCGCGUCUGGUGGGACAGCAGCUUCCUGGGCGGCGUGGUGCACCUGGAGGUGGGAGAGGAGGUGAUCGUCCGGGUGCCCGAUGAGCGUCUGGUCCGCCUGCGCGAUGGUACUCGGUCCUACUUCGGCGCUUUCAUGGUGUGAGGAAGGAGAGAUGCGGAAGGAGACACCUCAGAGGUCCCGCAGUGGACGGGCAAUCUGGCCACGGAGAUCUUGGGGGGGCCUCCCAGGGAGCUCAAAACCUGGCAGGUGGACAGCUGGGUGGACACCUCCUGGGACCAUGAUCUCAACACCUUGAGUGGCUGAAGACCCAGCAGGCCCUUUUGAGGGGCCCGCCCCCCAGCUUCAGACCUUGCCAUGGACGAUUCUACUGACAAAGACCUGGAGCAGGGACACUGGAGACUUGGGGGUCUCUAGACCCUCGAGUGUGACAUCCGGCUGAUUUGCCUGAUAUUCAGGAAGACGGGAUGAGGGACGGGUAUUUAUACUUUUCUUCCCAAAGAAAGUGGGAUUCCAGGGAUUUGGGUUGGAGACUGGCAACCGUGUGGCUCUCCCUACUGUCUGUCACAAGCAGGGCCAGGGGCACGUUUGUCAUCAGGGCCGGUCCACGUGCAGAGCCUGGCCCAGUGCCAUGUACAACCACAGUGAAGCCUCAUGGCUGUGUGGCGUGGACCUUCCCUGGGGACCAUGGUGUACACGGUCCCACCGUGGUGGAUUUCCAGCUGCCGAGGUGGCCUCAGCCCGUUGGCCGUGUCUUGUCACUGCUGGGCACACCCAGCCCACGGGGGUGCCGCUGCCAUGCCCCUGCCACACAGGAAGUGCUUGCUGAGGGUACGAAAGGAGCGAAGGAUGACUCGACAGUCACACCUGCCUUGUCACGGAGAAUCCAUGACCAUCACAGGAAACGGCACACACAGCUCACAGGUGGCACCAAACACCCCCAGCCACCCUCCCAGGGGGUCAGAGGCACAUUUGCUCACGCUCACCACUGUGGACUUCCACACACCAGGUCACUGUCAGAACUGGUGACCCACGUGGGGUCACAAUGACAAACAUCUCAUACACCGGGCCUGAGGGUCCUUCCCAGCCAGGACCGACACAUCCUGGCUUAGGACUAGACCUUGCCUGCGGCCCGAGGGCCCCUCGACCACUGGCCUUUGAAAUAAACAACAAACAGUUGCA